AUGUCCGACAAGGAUGGCACUGGCAUGAGAUCCGUGCCGCAGCUGCGGUAUAUGAUCCAGUGCCUCGGUGAUCCUCUGGAGGACGAGGAGGCGGACCAGUUCAUCGUUUUGGCAGACAAGGAGAAGGCCGGCGCGGUCAAGUACGAGGACUUCGUCGACGCGAUGUUCGACGGCAGCCCCAAGAAUCGAGCACUGAUGAGGCGUCCUGGCUUGCCUAUAGCCUACAAAAAUGUUCGUAUAACCUGUUGUGAUUUGCAGAGCAUGUCAUUAGAACACGUUUGGCCGAGACUGUCUCGUUUCAGUAUGCCGGGUUUAUUGUCUAGGGUUCUGGCAAGAUUUCCGUGGUAG